CUCUAAAGACGGAAUGACAUUUCCAUCGCCGUUUUUCGUGUUUGGGGAGAAAUUGCGAACAAGGGCUGUUACGGCGCACCAGAUGACAAUGGUGAGUGCGCUGCAGUUGUUGUUGUUCGGAAGUCGGUCUGUGAGUUCGGAGAGAAGAAUUGACCCGCAAGAUGGAACUGAGAAGCAAAUGGUCCGUCUGGACGAUUGGAUCAAUCUGGAUCUGGACCACAAAAGCGCAGCCUCAGUAGUCGCCCUUCGCCCGAUCAUUGAAGACUUCAUCAUGCGAUUCACAAGCGAACCCGAGAGAGCACUGCAGAUGGCAGACAGUGAUGUCACUCUGAAACACGUGAUCAGAAGUCUGUCUACGGCAGAUAGUGUGUUGCUGGAAAGGGGAGGGGCGAGUGGGGGUGGUGCAAUUAAAAGGCCGAUGAUGCAGUCGCCAUUGGGGGGAGGAUAUGGACAGUACGGGCCUUCGCCUCCCAAGGCUACUAUGAUGGAAAGCAGUUACAACAGUGGCGGUGCAAAUCAAAGUUAUGGCGGCUACGGAGAGCCCAGUAGAGGUCAGCAUUUAUGUAGUACUGGCGUGUAA